UCCCGGGGCCACCGCAGGGACCCGGGCUCAGAGCGCGAGGGCGCCUAGACGAGCAGUUACGGUCCCGGAUCCCGGCCCUGACCUGCCUCCGCCAUGGACGACCCCGAGCGCGGCUGGAGCCUGUCCUUCGCGGGCUGCGGCUUCGUGGGCUUCUAUCACGUCGGGGUGACCCACUGCCUGAGCGAGCGCGCCCCGCACCUCCUCCGCGACGCCCGCAUGUUCUUUGGCUGCUCGGCCGGGGCGCUGCACUGCGCCGCCUUCCUCGCCGGGAUUCCGCUGGAUCGGACCUUACAGGUCCUUGCGGACCUCGUCCGGAAUGCCAGGAAACGGAAUCUUGGCGUUCUGCAUCCGUCCUUCAACAUGAGCAAGUACCUUCGAGAAGACCUCCACAAACACCUCCCAGACAACAUCCACCAGCUCAUCUCUGGCAAAUUGUGUGUCUCUCUCACCAGAGUAUCUGACAGGGAAAAUGUGCUGGUGUCUGAUUUUCAGUCCAAAGAGGAAGUCGUGGACGUCUUGGUUUGUGCCUGCUUCAUCCCCUUCUACUGUGGUUUAAUCCCUCCUUCCUUCAGAGGUGUGCGAUACAUGGAUGGAGGUCUAAGUGACAAUGUUCCUUUCACUGAUGCCCAAACAACCAUCACUGUGUCCCCCUUCUAUGGAGAGCAUGACAUCUGCCCCAAGGUCAAGUCCACGAACUUUCUUCAUGUGACCCUCAGCAAGCUCAGUCUGCGUCUCUGCUCGGAAAAUGCCUAUCUUAUAUUCAGAGCGUUAUUCCCCCCAGAAGUCAAGGUACUUGGAGAGAUAUGCCUCCAAGGAUAUUUGGACGCCCUUAGAUUCUUGGAAGAGCAGGGUAUCUGCACCAGGCCAGGGCCAAGCCUGAAUUUAUCCACAGAAGAGAGUGAGCUGGAGGUCAUUGCUCCCUGUGAGGAAAACAUGAGCCAGGAGGCUCCCUGGGAGGCAGCUGCCUUGGAGAUGUGGCCUGAGGGAGAUGAGCUGCUGGAGACCUUGUGCCCCAAGCUCCUUAGAGCACUGAAUGAAGCAGUGAAGGACAGAGGUGGCUACAUGAGCAAGAUGUGGAACUUCUUCCCAAUGAGGAUAAUGUCCUACAUGAUGCUGCCCUGCACACUGCCAGUGGAGUCUGUGAUUGCUCUUGUCCAGAGGUCCCGGAAAGGUGCCUGCCUGUCCUCCUGGAGACAUGAGCACCCUGUCACCUGGCACAAGCUCAGAAACCAGCUGGAAGACUCGAUGAAAUGGCCAUGGCUUCACACAGCAUCUGCUCCCAUUCCUCAUCACCACUUGGGGAAACUGAGGCCCCCAAGAGAUUGGGGUCACAGCUCUGAGGGCACAGAGCUGACUAGAAUGUUAAAUCAUGUUAACAUGGUAGAGUGUAGGCAAUCCCUUCUUUCAUUCUAGGCAUAAUUUAUUAAUGUGAUUCAUAUUCAACAAGGUACAUGAAAAGGUUAAAGGAAGAUUCUCCUAGAACUCAUUCCUUGGGCUCCCUCAGGAACAGGGUGACAGAGCUGUCAAGCAUGUUGUUGGGGGUCAGACUGCCCUACUCCUAAUCCUGGCUCCACCAGUGACCACAGCUGUGUGAUCCAGGACAGCUGAAUUUACCUCUCUGUGCUGCAGUUCUGCAUCUAGAAAACAGGGGUGCUAAGGGAACUCCCCUAGACCAAGGGGGGUCAGGAGAUGCAAUGGAGUAGAUUUUUAUUUUCUGAUAAUAGUAAUGAUAGCAAAAAGUUAUAACAAGAGAGGAUGGGCUUUAGAAAUAGGCAGACCAUGGUGCUACAGUUUCUAAGCUGUGUGACCUCAGGCAAGUUAAUCAAUCUCAAGUAUCAGUUUUCUCAUCUGUGAUAACUGGAUAAGAAACCCUACCUCCUUGGGGUGCUGGAAUAUGGAAAAUACUUGUUUAAAAAAUAGACUCACUGAAAUAGAAAUUGAGCUUAGAAAUAGCAGGGAUUUGGGAUGGGGUUGGAAGAGGUUUCGGGGAGUCCAGGAAAUGGGGAGCCAAAGAGCCUAAGUUGGAGGGGGUCUGAGUGCUGACCCACCUGCAGAGAAGAGCCUGCUGGACCCUGGGCCUCCAGUGCACUUGCCCUUUAGACAUCUAACAUGUAAGCUGUUAAAAUCUCAGACUCGGGGCUCCCCCAAGGAGUAGGGACUCAUUCCUAGGGAAAUGCUGCUGAAAGCAAGAAUGAGCUGACCCCUCAGCAGGAUCUCAAGGACCGCCUGGAAGUUUGUGUCCUGUGCAGGGCAGGGGUCAGGCCUUCCAGUUGGCUUCCCUUGCUGGACUCACAUAUGACCAAGUAGGGUUUGAAGAGGGGGGCGGUAUCUUGACCACAAGUACUUUCCACCAGCUGCCAUCUUGCCACACUUUUCUUCAAGACAGGUAGAAACUAGGAAAGCCCAGGACUUCUUUCAUUUCCCUGUAAAUACAGUGAACUUCCUGUAUCAAAGUGAUCUAAAUUUGCUUUUGGGCUUUCUGUUAGGCUUAUCUUUGUCAUGUAAUUGCAGAUUCACCUUCUGUGAACUUACUGGAUUGGGGUUAGAGGUGACUCUGGCAAUUUGCCCAGACUAAGGGUACUGAUGAAAGAAGUCUGCAUUUGA